UGUAGGUGCUGGAGCUCAGCGUCAGCAGCUCAGUGUGAGCAGCCUGGAUGGAGCCCUGCAGAGUGCUGCUGGAUGGAGAACCUGUGACUGACAGCAUCGCCCUGCACUGACGCAGUCUGUACCAUGGAGUUUGGAAGAGUUUGGUCCAGGCAUCAGAGGACGCUGCUGAUCACCAUGAUGAUGUUCAAAAUGGGCCUUCUGUGCACAGCUGCAGCAGACACGUGUCUGUCCUCCCCCUGCAACAAUGGAGCUACAUGUGUUGACCACCUGGAGGACUACGUGUGCCUGUGCCCCAAAGGACCGGUGUGGUACGCGGGGAAGAACUGCAAUGAACUGUAUGACCCCUGCAGCCUGUCCCCCUGCGACAACUGUACCGGCACACCAGGGACCAACGAGUACACCUGCCACUGCCAAGACGGCUUCACGGGCCUCAACUGCACUGAGGACGUAGACGAAUGUGAGAGCAACCCCUGCAUAGGAACCCGCUCCAACUGUGUCAACGGAGUCAACAGUUAUUCCUGCCACUGCCCCCUGGGAUCGGGAGGGGAGGACUGCCAGGACAAUGUGACCACUUGUUCAGAGGAAUCAUGCCAGAAUGGUGGCACCUGUAUGGACGUCCCUGACUUUGGGCACAGGUGCCAUUGCGCGGCUGGGUACGAUGGGAUACACUGUGAGGAGAACAUUGAUGAAUGCUGGUCUGAGCCCUGUCACAAUGGAGCCAUCUGUAAAGACGGGGUCGAUGCCUACCAGUGCUUCUGUGUGCCUGGAUUCCAAGGCUACCACUGUGACCUGGACAUCAAUGAGUGUGCCUCCCAACCCUGUCGAAACAACGGCACAUGUCUGGACGAGGUGGAUCACUACGGGUGUGACUGCGCCCCAGGGUUCAAAGGGGUUAAUUGUGAGGUGGACAUCGAUGAGUGCGAAGUGCUUCCCUGUCAGAACGGCGCCACCUGCCUCGAUCACAUCGCCAUGUACACGUGUGAGUGCUUGGCCGGUUUCCAGGGACGAGACUGCGAGGUCAACAUUGAUGAAUGUGCCAGUUCCCCCUGUGUGAAUGAGGGCCUGUGCCUGGACGGGGUCAACAGCUAUGAGUGUGACUGUGAGGGGACCGGCUUUGUAGGCCUCCACUGUGAGGAGGAUAUUCCAGAAUGUGCUUCAGACCCCUGCCAGCAUGGAGCCACCUGUGUAGAGGGGGUCAACCAGUACAUGUGCCAAUGCUGGCCAGGUUACCAGGGGGAGAACUGCCAGGUGGAUACAGAUGAGUGUGAGCAUCAUCCCUGUGAGAAUGGUGGCAAGUGUUUCCAGCGCUCAGAUAUCCUGAACUAUGGCUCCCUGCAUGAAUUCAGCAAAGCCAAUUUCAGUUACGAAGAGGCAGCGGGUUUCAUCUGCCGCUGUCUGCCGGGCUUCACUGGAGACAACUGCUCAGUCAAUGUAGACGAGUGUGAGUCUGCUCCGUGUCACAACGAGGGAACCUGUCAGGAUCUGGUCAACUCUUAUCAGUGUGUGUGUCCAGACGGCUUCACAGGAACUCACUGUGAGGUGGACAUCAACGAGUGUGACAGCAAUCCAUGCCAGAAUGGUGCCACGUGUGAAGACUUUGCCAACUCCUACAGGUGCGUCUGCCCCGUCCCAGAGUCAGGCCAUGAGCCCUGGGGUGGGAGAGACUGUGACGUCCGACUGGUGGGCUGUAAACAGCACCAGUGCCAACAUAAAGCGGGUUGCAUCCCUGUGCUGACUGAUGAUGAAAAACACAACUACACCUGCCUGUGUCCACCUGGCUGGACUGGAGAACGCUGCAACACCUCCACCACAUUCUCAUUCAACUCAGAAGGCUACGUCCACAUGCAGCUUCCUGUUUCCAAAAACAGAACAAAGAGAGAGACGAGAGACCAAAACCAAGGGCUCCACAUGCAUGUUCGAUUCAGGAGCACUCUGCCCGACAUGGUGCUGUACCACCGGGGUACCACGGAGCGCUUCUUCUCUUUGGAGCUUGUUGGAGGCUCCCUUCAGGCCAGGCUGAAGUCAGCGAAGGUACUGCAAGUCAUUUACCCUGGCCCAGUAAAUGAUGGGGAAUGGCACCAGGCCACUGUCACCAUGGAUGAGAGGCUGGUCAUGGUUGUAAAAGGACCCGGCUGUGAGGAAGGUUGUCUGGUAAAAAAUGAGGUCUACAACCAUCUGAUGUUCGUCCAGCCCAGCUCCUUUCAACAGCUGUAUGUUGGAGGGGUGCCGCAGGAAUAUUUAGCCUACACGUCCAGUGGAAGGGCAUUCAUUGGCUGCAUGGAAGACUUUCAAGUUGACCACAAGCUGCUUCUUCCUCAAGAUCUCGUUAGAGAGGAGAACCAGGGCUUGGAAAUAGGAUGCAGCAAAAAAGAUUGGUGUGAAGAUGACCCAUGCAUGCAGCGAGGGCAGUGUGUGGACAUGUGGGUUCGGCCCAGCUGUCAGUGUCAUCGGCCCUACUAUGGAGAGAGCUGUGACCAAGAAUAUCCCUCCUGGACCUUCAGUCAUGAGAACACCACCAGCUACGUCAGCUACAACAUCUCGGAAACCCAUGGAGAAAACUUCACCGUCUCCUUUCUGUUGCGCUCCCUCAAACACAACGGUCUGCUCCUGCAGCUCCGCCGAGUAGGAAAGACCUACCUGACCAUCUAUCUGAAGGAGGGCACUGUCGCUAUUUACAGCCCUCACACCACCCUGCUCUCAGAGAACAAGCUUGUCACUGACGGCAACAACAAUUUAGUGACUGUACAAGUACAGUAUGGCCAUGUGGUCUUCCCCAAAGCAGGGAACCAUCUUGCCUUAGGGAACGUGAGUGUAGAGGCAGGUGAUGUGGCGUAUGUGGGAGGGCUCCCUGCAGGCAUGAGCAUGAAUGCCUGGGGUGGAAAUAUGAAGGGCUGCCUGCAGGACAUCCGACUGGACCACAAGCAUCUGACCAAUGACGGUCUUCCAGAGGGGGUGGAAGUUUACCAGCCCAGCAAAAUAGAGAACGUGCUGCCAGGAUGCCAAAGUGAUGACACAUGCAAGGAUCAGCCCUGUUUGAACGGGGGACAGUGUCAGAUAACCUGGAAUGACUUCAAGUGCAACUGUUCCAUUAAGUACUCCGGCCUCCUGUGUGAGACACGCCUGUGGUGCGUCGACAACCCCUGCUCUGAUGGAGUGCACUGUGUGGACCUACAGGAUGGUUAUGAGUGUUUGACUGAAGCCAUUUUUCAGGACAAUGCUCUUCAGUUUGUUGCCAACAGCUCCCUGCUGAGCCCUGUGACCGACAUCACCAUGGACAUACGAACACGAGAUGAGAACGGGAUCCUGCUGCGGGCCGCCAGCAGAACCGAGGUCUUCUGUCUGGGUCUGCUCAACUCCUCCCUGCUGGUCAAACUGGACAGUGGGGCGAGUGCAGAGCUGCUGGCCUUCACAAGUGACAGAGUCAUUGCAGACGGAGCAUGGCAUCACAUCCAGCUCACCAUGGUGGAGCCCACACAGUCAGUGUCCCGCUGGCGCCUCACGGUGGAUGGGCAAAGAGUGGGGGACAGCUUCGGCAUUGGUGGCAACCUCAACUUCCUCAAUGACACCGAUGUGUGGCUGGCUGAAAAUUACACUGGAUGCUUAGGGGAAGUGAGGGUGGGGGGAGUCUACCUGCCACUCAUUAACGUACCAGACGCCCCACAGGUGAGCCGGUUCUCCAGACUGGGUGGGCACGAGCCAAUCAUAGGAUGCCAGGGUUCACCGAUUUGUGAUUCCCAGCCCUGUCUCAACCAGGGUGUGUGCCAGGACCAGUUUAAUGAGUUUAACUGCAGCUGCAAUGCAGGAUGGGAGGGGCAGCUGUGUGAGUCAGAGGUAAAUGAGUGUUCUUCGACUCCAUGUGGCUACGGUACAUGUAAGGACCUUCUGGCAGACUACCGGUGUGACUGCCAUCUUGGAUAUACAGGGAGAGACUGUAAGGAAGAGCUGGAUAACUGUCUGGAGUUCAGCUGUGUGAACGGAGGGACCUGCAUGGACAAGGGCGGGGCUCACACAUGUUUAUGUCCUCGUGGCUACGUCGGGAAACGCUGCCAGUGGCGUUUCCCUCCAGUGGCGUGUGAUGCAGACACAAAGUGUCUUAAUGGGGGGGUUUGUAUAGGAGGAGAUUCAGGAGGCAACUGCACCUGCAAGCCAGGAUACACUGGAGCAAGGUGUGAGACAGAAAUAAACGAGUGUGAGUCCAGGCCUUGUCUCAAUGGUGCCACCUGUCUGGACAGACUCAACCACUACCAGUGUGUGUGUGUGGUGGGCUUCAGUGGCACAGAGUGUGAGAGCAACAGAGAGGAGCAUAUGGAGCGAAUCCCCUGGCUGGUGGUGACCAUCCCCCUCAUCACCCUGUGUGUGUUGGUGGCCAUCCUGGUGGUGUUUUGCCUGGUCAUGACAGCACGGAAGAAGCGUCAGUCAGAGGGCACGUACAGCCCCAGCUCCCAGGAGGUGGCUGGUGCCAGGCUGGAGAUGGGCAGUGUCCUCAAAGUGCCCCCCGAGGAGAGGCUGAUCUGAGGCCAGUGGACGUGUACAGGGCAGAGAGAACAUGAGCUCUGCAGUGUCACACUGACGGGCUCCUGCUCUACGAGGAAGAGAUGGAGGAUAAAUCAAUGACUGAUCCUCCACCCGGGAAAACUGCUUUUGUCAAGGUCUCACAUAUGGACAGGUGAAGACCAGAGAGAGGCUUUCCUGUUGGGGGGGAGUUAAUGAGUUGAGUCUUGAGCAAAACACUUGGGAUUGUAAGAAAUCACACAAAUGGCUGGACAACACUGAAACUGAACUCCAAAUGAUGAAGGGGCAAGUAUUCAGCAAAACCAAACCCUGCUUUCCAGAUUACACGGCUGAUUCUGUUUUCAGAAGAAAGAGUAAGGUGUAGCAGGAAAAGAAAAAUUUGCAAAAAGUGUUGUCGAAUCAGAGUUUGGUUUGCAUGAGUAAAAAUCUAAUUCUCCCAACAACAUAACAUAUGCAAGACAUGUUUGUGUUUAUCGUGAAACAGACACUCUUUUACAUCUUGGUUUUGCCUGUUAGAGGUCACUUGGUAAUGCUAGGUAAACUCUAUAUUCUCCUUCAACUUUACAUUUGUGAUUUUGGUCUGCCUCACAAGUUGGAAGAAGCAGUUGCAGAGAAGGAAUGUAUUUGUGAAUCAAACCUCGUGUUCUGUUUUGCUGAAUCAGAAAUGCAGAAUUUGUACAAAAUGUCCAUGCACUCAGUGAGUCCUUUCUCCUUAUUUAAGCUUCUGCAGUCUGUGAAGACAUGCAGAUAGUUCAUACGAUUGAGCCUGACUCCAGAACACCCCCACAGAACAUGUGAAUGGAUGACUGCUGCUCCGCAGGAGUCAGAAACUGUAUAUUUGUUGUAUUAUAUUGUCAAUGUGCACUGUACAGGCUGCCUAUUAUUGGUUACUGUGUAUUAAUGCUGUCGGUUUUUGUUGUGUAUAAUUUGCUGCAAAAGUUUAAGUCACUGUAUUUUUUGUAAUAAUUUUGCGGGGAACAGAAUAGGUUCUUUUUUAUGCUGUAUGUAUAAGUUGUCUCGUCAUUGUUUUUGGAUAUAAAUAACUUUUUUCAAAUGUCUAGAAAAAAUUAGAAUUCAGCAAAGUUUAGUUAAAUGGUAUCUAAUUUAAAGAAAAGUCAGGAAGUCUCCCUGCUCACUCGCCUUUCCCUCUGACCUCACUGUAGCUGCUAACUUAGCAGCCAGUACUCUGCUGCAGCUAACUGAAGGUGCUGAUGUGACCCAUGUACUGCAUUUUUUAUGAAAUAGAACCAUUUGUGAAAGGAAUGUAUCAUGCAAGGCGGAGCUAAAUAUGAAUUAGAGAAACUCUUGUCAUUACUAUUCAAAGUAGUAUUGAAUGUCAUUUUGAAAGAGUUAUGUGUAUGAAUUUCAGCAUGAACUGUAAAGUUUUGGGUAUGGGUUGGCAUAAUCUCAGUUCUUUUCUAGAUAUUACAGUUGUCUCUGACUUAUUUAAUUCGAUUUACUACAACUAACCCAAUAUUGCUCGAAUGUGGUUAAUCAGAUACUCUAUGUGGUUUAGUAUAUAUGGAGACAUCCCUGUCCAAUUUGAUUUUGGGAUGGGCCAGAGGUGUGUAAUGUAAAACCCAUUUCUGUUCGAACAUGACAAUGCCCUCCUUCAUCCCACUUAUCUCAUUUUGUGGACAAACAGAGACUCCUUCCCUGUAACCUUGUUCCACAUCUGGUGUAAAGCCUGGAACCAGAGUAGAGGCUGGUAUACAGUAGCAGCGCAUCAUGACCAUGGUUUGAAUAAAAUACGACAAGCUCUCUAAGAAGUGUACUGAAAUGGACCUUUGGGAAGCUGUCCAAGCCUGAAAAGAGAGACAAACAGGGAAUGGGUUCCGUCAGAUUCAUUCAGAUCUACUUGUAUUAUUAGACAUUAUGACCCUGACCUGUGGUUGUAAAAUGUGACCCUUACCAAGUCAAUUAUAAUUUUUGACCCAGCCCAAAUGUGUACCUGGGUCAGGUCUAAGUUCCUCAGAGCUGAGUCGACUCAUGAAGACCUCUACUCAUGAUGUCUAUUGUCUGUAGCUCUUGUCCAUGUGAACAUGUGUUUGUCUUGUAAAUCCAUGCAUUAGAUUUGGUUUACAAGUGGAAAUACAGUAUUUAUGGUAGAUUUAAACUGAUCCAUACUGCUGCUUCUCUCUGAGGUUGUUGUCAUUACGACCGGCUGCAUACAGGGUUUAAUAAAAGUCAGAAAUCACUGAAUGCUCCUUUAUAACGAUUGCAGAGAACGUAUGGCUGUGUGCAUCAUGGAACGACACGUGCCUUCAUGUUCUCGUGCAUCCAUCCAACACAGGGAUCCUGUCCUCUCUAUACUCGUUCAGACAGAAAACACCUUGGUGAGGAUUGGAUUUCAAAAGAGAGGUUUCUGAAAGAAAGACAUCUCAGGACACAUAUUCAGACAUGGUUGCAUUCAUUGUAGACACCUGUUUCAAGAGUCUUAAUUCCUACUCAAGAGUGAUUUGGUCCAGUGAUAUGGUGUUGUUACUAAAAAGCAGAACAUCUACAGUACAGGAAUGCUUUGUUCAGAAUGAUAAUGAUUUCACUCUGGAGUUGUUUUAAGUAAAACUGUACCAUGUACAGCACAUCUGCAUUCCAUGUUUUUUUUCUUCCAAAAUGGGAUAUAAUUACAUUAGGGAAUAAACAGGAUUUAGAUUUUGAGUGAUACUUAUUGUCCAAACCAAGACUUUUGUUAAUCCGCACUGGAAAAAACUGAACUGUGACUUUAUUUAAAUGUAUGUCAUCAACAAAUUCCACAUAACAGUAUUUGAAAGUAUUUACAGUUAGUUGAAAGCAAUCAUAUGAAGUUGCACCUAAUAAAUUAAACCUAACAUUAUUGCUUUCAACUAACCCAAUACAGUUAUGUGAAAUCCGUCGACAUAAUACAUUUAAUUGAAAUUUGAUUCAGUGCACUCAAUUUUUAAGUGAAUCUCUUUAUUAGUACUUAGUGUCCAUAUGAGGAAGAUGUUGUGUUUAAUGUUCAUUUUGUGCAUUUAGUUUGAAAUGGCACUUCAAUUGCAAUUAAUGUGUUCAAAGAAAAAUGAAAACACAAAGAAAAUGAAUAAACUUGAUGGAUGUUUUUUGGUUGUUCCCAUUCCCAACAGUAAAAUAAAAAAAGUACUCUUUCAAGGUACAGCAUUUUCAAUAAAGAGAUGGUGGUGUCAACAAUAAAAUAUAUAGAAUGACACAAAUAUGUCUUGUAUUUACAAAAUCAAAAGAAUUUACCAUUGAAGUCAAAUCAGUAAACCGAGUGAUGGGGUAAUGACACAAAUCUUACAAUAGAAUCAGAAUCAGGAUUACUUUAUUCAUCCCAAACUGGGAUUUUUUUUUCUCACGCAGCAAAAUACAGUAUGAAGCAAAACAAAUAAUUAGCAAAUAAAAUAUAGUGUAAACGUACAAUGUUGAGUGUAAAGGGUGCAGGUUAUGUCCAGCUCAUAGAGAGGCUAUGGAGCAGUGAGUUGUCUGCCAGCCAGAGGGGAAUUAUUGUACAGAGUUAUUGCAGUGGGCAGGAAUGUUCUCCUGUACCUGUCCUGGUGAAAGCGGAGCUGGAGUAGUCUGUUGGAGAAGGA